CCAUUUUGAGCCAAAUUACAGCUUGUAGGGCGCACGGGAUCUGAUAAUCUAGACGCUUUUUCAGACCGAACAAGAUCUUCCAGCUGUACUAACCCACAAGAAAUACCUAACCUGCCUUUCUGUGCGGUUUUGGUGAACCACUCCUCGCUGUCCUGACUCCUCGCUGAAGCUUCCCAAGCAACCGAUUCUGCGUCCGGGCUAAAACCCAUUGUUUCUAAUGAAAAUGGCCGAGUGUUACAUUCGUGUGGCGGAGGAUGAAAAUGAGGAGCCAAUGGAGAUCCCAGCGGAGGAGGACAACACCGUGCUGCUGUCCAGUGUUUCGGCACAAUUUCCAGGGGCCUGCGGCCUACGCUUCCGGAGCCCUAUUUCCCAGUGCAUGCGAGGCGUCCGUCUGGUGGAAGGAAUUCUUCAUGCCCCCGAGAAUGGAUGGCAAAAUCUCAUCUAUGUCGUCAACUACCCAAAAGACAACAAAAGGAAGAUGGACGAGAUGGACGCCGCCUUGGCCUCCAAGAUGAAGAGGGGCGACCAGAAGACCUCUGAUCUGAUUGUGUUGGGGCUGCCGUGGAAGACCUCCGAGCAGGACCUGAAGGACUACUUUGCCACCUUUGGAGAGGUCAUCAUGGUCCAGGUCAAGCGUGAUGCAAAGACUGGCAACUCUAAGGGAUUUGGAUUCGUGAGGUUCACAGAAUACGAAACCCAGAACAAAGUCAUGUCCCAGCGCCACAUGAUCGACGGAAGAUGGUGCGACUGCAAGCUGCCCAACUCCAAGGCCUUUAGUCCAUACUCGAUGUAUGACCAACAGGCAGGCCCCGAUGAGCCCAUGCGGUGCCGGAAGGUGUUUGUGGGACGCUGCACCGAGGACAUCUCCGCCGACGACCUCCGCCAGUUCUUCAUGCAGUACGGCGAGGUCACAGACGUUUUCAUCCCCAAGCCUUUCCGCGCCUUCGCCUUCGUCACCUUCUCGGAUGACCAGGUGGCACAGGCACUGUGUGGCGAGGACCUGAUCAUCAAGGGAGUCAGUGUGCACAUCUCCAACGCCGAGCCCAAGCACAACAACAGCAGGGCCAUGAUGGAGAGGGCGGGGCGCUUUGGCAACGGCUUCGGCCAGGGGUUCGGCGGCACUAGCCGCAGCAUAGGCGGCAGCAGCUCCGGCAACCUCGGUAGCUUCGGCAACUUCAACCUGAACCCGGCCAUGAUGGCCGCGGCGCAGGCGGCCCUGCAGAGCAGCUGGGGCAUGAUGGGUAUGCUGGCCAGCCAGCAGGGGCAGUCCACCACCUCAGGCACCAGCACGAGCGGGCAGACCAGCUCCACGCGCGGAGACACCCAGACGUACAGCUCGGGCGGCAACAGCAACUACAGCACGGGUUCGACCGGGUUGGGGUGGGGCACGGGGGCUAACUCCACCACGAGUGGCAGCGGGUUCACCUCCGGGUUUGGAUCCAGUAUGGAGUCCAAAUCUUCCGGGUGGGGUAUGUAAAGCGGGUCGGGUCGGGUGGGGUGGGAGGUUUGAUGUGUUUGUAGUAUGUGUGGUAAGUAUUCAAGAUUUUUUUUUUUCUCCCGCCAUGUUGUAUGAGUAAAAAAAAAAAAAAGAAAUGAAAAAAUAAUUGAGGAGGGAUAUUGAAUGUUUUGUACAUUUGGACAAGUUUUUUGUCCAGGAUUUUUUGUUAAGAGUGUUUGAAAUGGAUCAUUGUUAACCAGGGGUGGGGGGUGAAGAAAACACACCAAUGGUGUCCUGUUUAUUUUAUUUUUGUUUUCUCCUUGGUUGUCAUUUCAACUGGAUUCUAAGAUGCAUGUAUUGUAUAGCAAAAGGUUCUGAGCAACAACAAAAAAAGAUGCAUGAUUAAGUUUAAACAUCGAACCUUACGAGAUUUCUAACAAGUAUAGUCUUUUCAUUAUACUGUCUUGCAUUGACCAGAAUCUAGUUGAAACUGAGAAAUGUAUUGCCUUUUAAAAAAGAAAAAAAAAGUUACAUUUGUUUGCAGUCAAGUUUCUACGAGAGAAAAAAGCCUUCAUCAAAAAAAAAUCUCUUCUGCAGUUCCCCUCUCUCCCACUCUCCUUGGAGGACGGUCCCGUUUGGCAGCAAUGUAUGGCUGAGGUCACUGCCUUUUGCCCUCCUCCCCAUGUCUAAACGCUUUGCCACCACAGAACGGCUAUCUCCCUUCGCAUGCGCCGACAAGACGGUGGGUGUUCUUUUUAUCCACUUUUUUUGUUUUUCCUUUUUUAAGAAAAAAAAAAAUAAGAAACACAAAAUUACAAAAUGGCAAGAUCUGCGCAAGUGACUGAGAACUCUUGAGUGCGAUUGGGGAUGAUGGCUUGUUGGUGGCGAAGAGUGAAGAUGCGAAUGAGAGAAUGGAGAGAGAGACGGAACGGGUGGAAGAGAGAGAGCGAAAGCGAAAAAGACUGGGUGUGCGAUGCGAUGAGAGCGCGCGCCACAUUGACUGACUGCGAUGGGUGGUGGCUAUUUGGUGCGAGUGUGAGUGGACGCAAGGCUGCAGACGCUACAAGCUCCUCCUCCUUUACGAUCUCCCUACCCCCCCCUUUACGAUGGACAUUUCGUUAACUUGUACAUCUCCUCCCAGAUCUAUUCCUUUUCUUUUCCAUCCCUCCCUCCUUCCUUCCUUUCUUCCUUUUUUAACCAGCCCUCCUGUUGCUUUAUUUUCCUUCUUCCUUUUUUAGUAUACGUGCAUUUAAGUAGCACAGAGUUUAGUGGAAUGUUGUGAUUAUAUAUAUUUUGUCUUGCUUCUAUAACCCAUCCUGAAUGCUGUAUGGUUGUGUGUGCUUUUUCCUUGUACUUGACCUGUAAGUGUGAACUUGAUGUGGAUGGCAACCUCUGAGGACACUUGAGGGGAGAGACUUGAGUGAUGAUGUAUGUAAGUGAGACUUGUAUGUGGAGUGCUGUGGGUUGUGUCUUUUUGAAUCCCUCUCUUAGAUAAUGUUACUCAGUGUUUUCUAUGACAUGUCAUUGAAGGGAGUUCUCUAAUAAAAACAAAAUACACAUUGCUUUAAAAAAGAAAAAAAGUGCUUA